GUAAACGCCCAUAACCCAGGUUUUCCUUUUCUUAAUUUUGUACACUAUCGCUCGCUCAUUUGGACAUGGAAUACCAAUUUAGAAGAUCACUUUUCAAUUUCAUAGACGAAGAUAGAGACGAUGAACGAUCACCCAUCCAUAUUUCCAUGGGAUCUAAUCUCCAAUUUAGCCACGCAGUGCCUUAUAGCCCCACCAGAAUGCGUAAGCAAAUGGCACCUGAUCCUAGCCCAGAACCAGAAUCCCCAUGGACACUCUCCCCUCUUCAAACUCCAUCUCCUUCACUGCUCUACCACUGCAUAGCGUCGCUCCAUCGCCACGAGGGCCACAUCUACUCCAUCGCAGUUUCUAAGGGAGUAGUCUUUACGGGUUCUGACAGUAACCGGAUUCGCGCAUGGAGGCAACCAGACGGCAUGGAGCGGGGAUAUCUCAAGACAAGCUGUGGUAAGGUCCGGGCGAUUUUGGCUUAUGGUAACACGCUUUUCACUGCGCAUAAAGAUCACAAAAUCCGGGUGUGGAACUUUACGGUUUCAGAUGGUUUUCGGUCCAAGAAGAUCUCCUCUCUUCCUAGAAAAAGCUCAUUUCUUUUGUUCCCGAGGACAAACACCCAACAACACAGGGAUUGUAUUUCUUGCAUGGCUUAUUACGAAGCAGAAGGGCUAUUAUACACGGGCUCCUACGACAAAACAGUUAAAGCUUGGCGUGUUUCAGACAAGAAAUGUGUGGAUUCGUUUGUGGCACAUGAAGAUAACAUAAAUGCAAUAUUGGUGAACCAAGAUGAUGGGUGUGUUUUCACCUGCUCUUCUGAUGGCUCUGCUAGAAUUUGGAGAAGGUUGUACAGAGAUAACUCUCACACCCUCACAAUGACCCUAAAAUUCCAACCAUUCCCAGUUCAUGCAUUGGCAUUAAGCUCAUGCUUUAACAAUUGCUUCCUCUAUUCUGGGUCAUCAGACGGUACCAUAAAUUUUUGGGAAAAAGAAAGAAUGUCUUAUAGAUUUAACCAUGGAGGAUUUUUGCAGGGCCAUCGUUUCGCUGUUCUUUGCCUAGUGGCUAUUGAAAAGUUGAUAUUUAGCGGCUCAGAGGACACAACCAUUAGAAUUUGGAGGAGAGAGGAAGGGAGUUGUUACCAUGAAUGCUUGGCAGUGUUGGAUGGGCACAGGGGGCCCGUGAGAUGCUUGGCUGCUUGUUUGGAGAUGGAAAAGAUUGUGUUGGGGUUUUUAGUUUAUAGCGCAAGUUUGGACCAAACUUUUAAAGUGUGGAGGGUUAAGGUUUUGCCUGGCGAGAAAAUAUGCUUUGAUUAUUUGGACCGAAGCGAUUCCAGGACGACAAAAAUAACAGAGUACGAGACCAACCCUGUGUUGUCUCCUUCAUGGGUGGAGAAGAAGCUUCAAGGCAACAGCUUUCAGUAGAUGACUAAUCCAAAGCUUCAAGGCAA